GAUUAAACAACAUGGAUUUAAAUAUGUGUUUCAAGAAUUCAACUCUGAAUGCUGCCUAUGUGUUUUAUUACUUGCAUGUGAAUUUCAGCGCACUUUUGUAAUUUUAGGAUGAGGGCUUUUAUUUUGGAGUGGAGCUGUGACGUCAUGCGGCUGCUGUGUUUCUCGGCUGAGGAAAGAUCAGUGUUUUGAAGCAUUCAGCGUUAAAGUCACAGCAAACCGUUCAGAUGGCGUUUAUUAAAGAAGAGAGUGAAGACAUGAAGAUUGAAGAAUCAUUCAGAGUCAAACUUGAAGAUACUGAGGAGGAACAAACAAAGAUGGUGUUUAUUAAAGAGGAGAGUGAAGACAUGAAGAUUGAAGAAACAUUCAGAGUCAAAAAUGAAGACAGUGAGGAAAAAACAGACCUGAUGGCGAUGAAAGAGGAGAGUGAAGAAUUGGAUGAAACACAAGAGAAAGACCAUCAUGAUUUCACAACUGGAGAAAAAUCAUUUAGUUGCUCACAGACUGAAAAGACUUCCUCACGAAAAACAGCUAAAAAAAACAAAACUAUAAGUGACUUCUCCUGCCAGCAGUGUGGAAGGAGUUUCAGAACAAAAGGAAGCCUAAAAAGCCACAUGAGCAUCCACACUGGAGAGAAGCCUUGCACCUGCCCUCAGUGUGGAAGAUGUUUCACUCGACAUGGAAGCUUUAAAAGGCACAUGAGAAUUCACAAUGGAGUGAAGCCGUACACCUGCAAACUGUGUGGAAAGAGUUUCACAACAGAACUUAACCUAAGGUAUCACUGGAACAGUCACACUGGAGAGAAGCCAUUCACAUGUGAUAAGUGUGGAAAGAGUUUGGGACACAAAACAAACUUUAAACGGCACAUGAUGCUUCACUCAAGAGAAAACUGUUUCACAUGUCAUCAGUGUGGGAUGACUUUUACAGACAGUAAACUCCUUGAGAAUCAUGUCAAAAGUCACACUGGAGAGAAGACUUUCAUGUGCUAUCAGUGUGGAAGGGAUUUUACACUUAAAGGAAACCUUCAGACUCACAUGAGAAUUCACACUGGAGAGAGACCUUUCACCUGCACUCAGUGUGGAAAGAGUUUCACAUCUAAUGGAAACCUUCAGACUCACAUGAGAGUUCACACUGGAGAGAGACCUUUCACGUGUCUUCAGUGUAAAGAGAGUUUCACGUAUCAAAGAGACCUGAAGCGUCAUUGGAAAACUCGUUGUAGAAGUGCAUUGCAGUGCACUAGGGUUAGGUCUUACGACACUAUAUCAGCUGAAGUAUCACGAUACCAAGUAGUAUCAUGAUACCCUACAGCACUGGUCUGAAACUCAAUUCCUGGAGGGCCACAGCUCUGCACAGUUUAGCUCCAACCCUAAUCAAACACCUGAUCCAGCUAAAUAAGGUCUUCAGGAUCACUAGAAACGUCCAAUCAGACGUGAUUUGGAGCUAAACUCUGCAGAGCUGUGGCCCUCCAGGAAUUGUGUUCGAGACCUCUGCCCUACAGUAUUGUGCUGAUAUAAUGAUUGAUUUAUUGAAUCCUUUAACUGAUCUGUUCAAAACAGGAAUGAAGCAAAUUAAUGUGUUUAUGAAUGGCUCAGUGAAUCAUUCACCUAAUUUCAAUUCAAUUUUAACUUUGUUGGAAUUUCUUCCAAAACUUGUCUUGCAUCCCAUAGCGUUUACUGUAUCAGAUAUCAGUCAAAUAAUUUUAUACUUUGUUUAUUGAGUUUUCCUUUUUCACCCAACGAACAUAAAGAUACUGAUAAACACAGGGUACAAGACUCUGGCUUUCUCUAUCUUCUUUGGAGCUCCUAUGAAAUAGCAAGAUAGUUUUUGAAACUCUCAUUAGUUCUUAAAGGCGUGUUGUUUCUUGGAAAUGUCAUUCUGUUUUCUGGGUACCAUCCUGUGUGCAUUUUCAUAUCGGUGGUAACCUGUGUAACCUUUAACAUUUUUCAGGAAUGCAUGGGCAGGUGCAUCACAAACCAUUGAAGAGAGUUGAAAAAGUUAACAACACAUUUAAAUUCAAAUCCAUUAGCUAAUUAAUUUACUUCAGAGAUGUAGUCUUCAAGAUUCAGCUAGUGUUGUAGGUUUACAUGUGCCACAAAAUAAACCUAUAGUCACUGGUUCCUCUUGUUUGAUAUUUUGCAGCGUUCCCCGAACUGAUGUUUAUGUCCGAUCGAUAAAUGUCAAACGAUUUUAUCCGUUACGUCUCACCA